GGGCGUGGCCACGACAUCGUUUAUACUAAGGGAGAGCGAGUCUCUCUGAUCUGCAUUCACACAGGACACCGGUCACUCAGAGGUUAUUGAUUUAUUGAUCCAGUGAUGAAGCUGAUUGUGAAGCUUGUGAGCGGAGAGUGCCGCAGUGUGUGCAUGAGUGGAAAUGCCACGGUGGGCGAGCUGAAGCGGGUGGCCGCACAGACCUUCGACAUGCCCACCUCACGUGUGCAAGUCUCCAUGGGCAACGGGCUGCAGACGAGGCUGCAGAAUGAGCAAACUCCACUGAGCAGCUACGGCCUCAGCUCAGGCUCCACCGUCAUGCUGCUGCUGCUCGCACCUAUCCAGGUGUUCGUCAAAAACGAGAAGGGCCAGGUGAAAACCUACGACGUGACCGAGGAGACGGUCGACGAGCUGCAGAGCGAGGUCUACAACAAGGAGGGCACCCCCAUUGACCAGCAGAGGCUGAUCUUCGGCGGCAGGCAGCUCGAAGCCGGGAAGCAGCUGAAGGAGUACGGCAUCGCCAACGGAAGCACCAUUCACCUGACCAUCCGUCUGCGGGGAUAGGGUUGCCAACUUGAAAAAACUUGAAACUGAAAUAAGGAACCGUGUACCCAGUGUGACAUGAAAACACAAAAUCCAGAAUUAGAUUUUUUUGUAUUUUUUUGUAACAAGGGUUUGCGUGAUUAUCGUAAAUCAUUUUAUUUGGACUGUGCAAAACAUUACAUUAUAUGAAUGUUAAAUGUGAUGCGCUUCACUUCUAUAGUAAAAAUAAUCUAUCAGUGUUGGGGAGUAGUGCACUGCAUCCAAUUAAACGAGAAGUUUAACUACAUUUUGCAGUACCUGGUAGUUCAACUACAUUCAUAUUUGCGUAGUGAUUCAAGAAGUAAAAACACUUUUUUUGUCAUUUUUAAGUACUUAACUACUAAAACUACAAACCGUUUUGGGCCAUAAAAAGCUCACAUUCCUCACAUUUUCCCAUGAAUAGUGGAGUGUUCAAUUUUUUUGGUUUAUGUAUGAUCUGUGAUCAAGCGGUCACUUUACAAUAAACUCAUUUGUGUGGCA